UCAGUGCACCGGACAAUGAUGAUGGACCGAACGGUAUGGUGCACUACUCGAUACUGGCCGGUAAUGAGCGGAAUGAUUUCUCCGUCCACACCGUUACCGGUGCGAUCGUUAUACGGCAACCGCUGGACUACGAUCUGGUACAGCUGUACCAGCUAAACAUUUCAGCCGAAGAUCUGGGCUACAAAUCGAAGAAAUCGAUCGCUCUCGUUACGAUCACGCUGACGGACAUCAACGAUAAUGCACCGUACUUCAAUCAGUCGUUAUACAAUGCGUACAUCGCAGAAAACUCUCCCGCCAGCUCGUUCGUCUAUCGGGCGUUAGCACACGAUCGUGACUCACCGAAGAACGCCAUCAUCGUGUACUCGAUCACCGGUGGUACCGGGAAGGAACUGUUCACGAUCGAGCCCGGUACCGGGGUGAUCAGUUCGCGGACAACCUUCGAUUACGAGGAACAAGAUCGCUAUACGCUGAUCGUCGGUGCAGCCAAUCCGGAUUCGGUGAUGCGCAACGAAACGAAAGUGAUCGUACACAUUACGGGAGUGAACGAGUACUACCCGAAGUUCGUCCAGCCCGUAUUCCACUUCGAUGUGUCGGAGUCGGCCGAGAUCGGUUCGAGUGUUGGUAGUAUUCAGGCGACCGAUAAGGAUGCGGGAGAGGACGGUAAGGUGUACUAUCUGCUGGUCGGGUCGAGCAACGACAAAGGCUUCAGCAUACACGCCGACACCGGCGUGAUCGUCGUGUCACGGAAUCUUGAUCGUGAAACGCAAUCCCGCGUCGUGCUGACGGUGCUGGCGAAGAACUACGGUGGUAUCCGGGGUAAUGACACCGAUGAGGCGCAGGUCAUCAUCUCGAUCCAGGAUGGAAACGAUCCCCCGGAAUUUCUGCUCGAUCUGUACGAAACGACGAUCUCGGAAGGUGAUCCACCCGGUACGAAGGUACCGGUCACGGUCAAGGCAAUCGACAAGGAUGUACGGCCACAGAACAAUCAAUUCAGCUACAGCAUCAUCGGUGGUAACAAUGAUCACUCGUUUAAGAUCGAUCCACAGUCCGGACAGAUCGAAACGGCACGGUUGCUCGAUCGCGAGAAGAUCCCCGUCCACAAGCUGAUCGUAGGAGCGAUUGAUACGGGUGUACCACCACAAACGGGGACCACACUCGUCCAGAUCACGCUCUCGGACAUCAACGACAAUGGACCGACGUUCGAGGCGAACGAUACGAUCGGGUCAGUGCUAGAGAAUGAACCUCCGAAUACCGUCGUCAUGACGCUUAGUGCUAGCGAUCCGGAUCUACCACCGAAUGGAGCACCCUUCACGUACCAUCUCGUCGGUGGACGGCACAAAUCCUUCUUCACGCUCGAGAAGCACACCGGAGUGCUGCGAACGGUGCGAUCGAUCGAUCGCGAAACCACAGCUCAGCUCGAACUGCUCGUCGAGGUGGAAGAUAAUGGCAGCCCACGGAUGCGCACUCAGCACACGAUCCUGGUGAACGUGAUCGAUCAGAACGAUAGUCCAUCGACACCACGGAUCGCCCAUGUGCUGGUGUACGUGUUUAAUGGUAUUCCCCGUGGUGACAUUGCCAACGUACACCCGAACGAUCCCGAUCUGAACAGUGACUAUCGGUGUAAGAUCGUGAGCGAUCUCAACAAGCAACCGGUGACGGCCUUCACGAUCAGCAGCGGGUGUCUAUUGCGACCGACGAGUGUCGCGACAGUGGCCACUUCCGUCUCCGGGCAACCCGGUGGUGGUGGUGGUGCCGCUGCCGGUUAUACGUUCCUCGUGUCCGGUAACGAUGGUAAACACUCGGAUGUUAUCUCGACCGUUUCGGUGGAGUUCCUACACUUUGACAACAGCACCGUCGAGAGCUCGAUCACGAUCGCACUGGCCAACGUGAGCAGCGGCGUCUUUCUGGCCAACUACUAUCGGAACUUUGUCGAUAUUGCCAAAUCCGCGAUCGAACCAGCCGAUGAGCUGUUGCUGUACAGUUUGGCGGACGUCGAGAAGUCACUCCACAUUACGAUCGCUAUACGGAGUGCCGCUACCAAGGGCUACCGUCCGAGGCAGUACGUGAUUGGCCGGUUGCAACGCAAGCUGGAGGCCAUCAAUCAACUGCUGGUCGGAGCUGGCGGUACCGGUGCCAAUGCUGUCGUCAUCGGUUACGUACCGUGCCGUCCGGAUACGUGCGAAAAUGGUGGAUCGUGCAAUUCGCGGAUCCAGGUGCACGAUCAGAACCACAUCACGGACAGUCCGUCGCUCAUCUUUACGUCCCCGCUGGUGAGGAACGAUUUCUCGUGCCGCUGCCUGGACGGAUACACCGGAGCGCGGUGUGACAAGCGACAGGAUCCGUGUUCACCGAACCCUUGCCAUGCCGGUGGCCAAUGCCGUCGCCAGGGGUACGAUUUCCAGUGUAGCUGUCCGACGAACCGUGAAGGCAAGUACUGCCAGCUGGAGCGAGGAGACAUCUGCUCCAGUGGACCGUGCAAGAACGGUGGCUCGUGUCGCGAAAGUUCCGAUGGAUCGAGCUUCUUCUGUCUGUGCCGGCCCGGUUAUCGCGGGAAUCAGUGUGAAACCGUGGCCGAUUCCUGCCGUCCGAAUCCGUGUCUCUACGGUGGCCAGUGUGUGAGUCUCAAGCCCGGGUACAAAUGUAGCUGCGUCGAUGGACGGUAUGGACGGCAUUGCGAGAAGACGACGUUCGGCUUUCGGGAACUUUCGUAUAUGGCCUUUCCGGCCCUGGAUUCGGCUACGAACGAUAUCUCGGUAAUCUUUGCCACCACCAAGCCGGACGCACUGCUCGUGUACAAUUACGGCAUCCAGAGUGGUGGACGAUCGGACUUCGUUGCCAUGGAAGUGGUUAAUGGGCGGGCGGUGUUUUCGUUCGGUGGUGCCCGGACUGCCAUCACUUCGCUCGUGGUCGGUGCGCCUUCGUCGCUGUCCAAUGGUGAUUGGCACAAGAUUACGGCGACACGGAAUGGCCGCGUUAUGUCGCUGACGGUUAGCAAGUGUACGGACAAUGGUGACUACUGCGAUGACUGUCGUCCGGGUGAUUCCGCCUGCUAUGCUGAUGAUACGGGACCAACUGGAACACUGAACUUCAACAACCAUUAUCUGCUGGUCGGAGGACUGAUGGCGGCCGAUCCGGUGCUCGAGCGACCGGGACAGGUGCAUUCGGACGAUCUGGUCGGUUGUGUGCACAGCGUUUCGAUUAAUGGGCGUGCGUUGAAUCUAAGCCAUCCGAUCAAGUCGUACGGCAUCGAACGGACGUGUCAGCGACGCUCAAACGGUGGUGGUGGUCCCUGUAGCCUCGGUUUACCCGAUGACCCAGCGCAACCGCUGUGCGGUGCUUACGGUCAGUGUAUGGAUCGUUGGAAUACGGCACUGUGCCGGUGUGGCGAUGCCAUCCUUUCGCCCGAUUGCUACAGCUCACUGGAACCGUACUCCCUGCAAGAUGGUGCCUUCAUCGAGUACAAGAUCUCGGAGAAGCAUAAGCGUAUGCAGCUGCUCGAGAACAUUUACAGUGGCCGUGGGAACAUCUGGAGCUACGAUGUGACCCGCAAUAAGCGGUACUCGAUCGGUCAGCCACUCACCGAGAACAUGUCCACGCUGACGAUUGCCGAGGAUCCACCGAAGUACAUGAGCAUUCUGUUCAAGACGAACAAAGAGAACGGAUUGUUGAUCUACGCCGCUACCAACAAACACUUUACCUCGAUCGAGCUGAAGCAGGGCCGACUAUCGUACACCUCCAACCAAACGUCCUACGUUAAUGUGUCCUCCUAUCCGCAUGACAGUGCCGGUGGCAACAGUGGUGGCUCCGGUGACGGUCGAUCGCUGGCCGAUGGUCGAUGGCAUAAUGUGACGAUUCAUUCGCACAACCGUGUCCUGCAGGUGCUAGUCGAUGGACGGAACGUUGUGUCCGAUUUGGAUGCAUCCGGGGUGCACGAUUUCCUUGAUCCCUACCUAACGGUCCUGUCGAUCGGUAACGUACGGCGCGAAUCGUUCGUCGGUGAUGCCAUGCCAGCGUACUUCCAGGGUUGUCUGGCGAACUUUACGAUCAACGGAGAGAUUCAACCGUUCAAUGGGUCCGGCAGCAUCUUCCAGACGGUGGUGCACCACGGAGCGGGAGUGUUGCAGGGUUGCGCUUGGGAUGUGCUCGGUACGGCGCAGGUGACGAAUCCGCUCAACAUCGGCAUUACGCUGGUGAUCGUGUUCUUUGUGAUGCUGCUGAUCGGUAUCUUCAUUUCGUUCCUCGUCGUGCGCUGUCGCAAGCAGCACAAGGAGAAGAGUGGUGCCCUGGUCGGUGGUCACUCGUCGGUGGGGCUCCAUUCGUCGAAGCAACAGAACGGAGGAGCCACGAUGCUCGGUAGUGUUGGUCUCGUACCGAACGUUGGCAGUGGUGGUAAUGGACCUGGUGGUGCCGGUGGUGCAGGAGGUGUUGGCGCAAUGCACGGUGAUGGUCAGGGACGUAGUUUGCACGUGAACGACCUGUCGAUCGUGGGCUACCAUACGGAGAAUGGGGCCGAUAUGUUGCGCGGUGUCGGUGGUCAUCAUCUCGUCGGUCCGGAGCUAAUCUCGAAGAAGUACAAGGAACGGGAUCUAAAUUCCGGUGAACCGCAGCGACCCCAACGGCCGGACAUUAUCGAGCGGGAGGUAGUGAGCAAAAGCCCUCCGCUACGUGAGGAUCAUCAUCCACCGUUGCCACCACCGAGCCAAUCGCAUCAUGCGCACGAUCAUACCAAUCCUUCGAUGGAUCUGGGAUCGGAGUAUCCCGAGCAUUACGAUCUGGAGAAUGCCAGCUCGAUCGCACCGUCGGACAUCGAUAUCGUGUACCACUACAAGGGCUAUCGGGAGGCGGGUGGUGUGCGGAAGUAUAAGGCCACACCACCGCCCGUAGCGACGUACACACACCACAAGCACCAGACGUCGGCUGCCCAGCAGCAACAGCAUCGCCAUUCGCCGCAUCAUGCGGGCCCGUACGCACCGAGGGUACCGCCACAAGCUAGUCAACCGCCACCAUCGAACCCUACACCUCGCCAGCACCAAUCGACCCCAUUGGCACGCCUGUCGCCGAGUUCCGAGCUGAGCUCGCAGCAACCACGCAUCCUUACGCUGCACGACAUCUCGGGUAAACCGCUCCAGAGUGCACUCCUAGCCACGACGUCCAGUUCGGGUGGCGUUGGUAAGGAUGCGCUGCAUAGCAAUAGCGAGCGGAGUCUCAACAGCCCCGUGAUGAGCCAGCUGUCCGGGCAGAGCUCGAGUGCGAGCCGCAAAAAUCCGGGCGGUCCUUCGCAACCCUCGAACGUCAACUCGGUCGUCGUACCGGUGGUCGGUCCGAUGGGACUGACGGCUGAGGAGAUCGAACGGUUAAACUCGCGCCCCCGGACCUCGAGCCUCGUCUCGACGCUGGAUGCCGUGUCCAGCAGCAGUGAAGCGCCCCGCGGCGUACCGGCCCCUCAUCUUACCCACAUGCAUCACUCGCCCGCCGUCGAUGCGCACAGUUCUACCUCAACCGAUGAGAGCGGCAACGAUAGCUUCACCUGCUCGGAGAUCGAGUACGAUAACAACAGCCUCAAUGGGGACACGAGUGCAACCAUUAGCACCGGCAACAACAACAACAACAACAAGUACCAUGGGAAAUCCACCCGGGAUGAUACGAGCAACGGAAAGCUCGGUCGUGAUGUCGGUGGUAAUGUCGGUGGACCGGGCAGUGGUAAACCUGGGCCACCGCAUCUACCACCGGCAUCAUCGUACGAUGGGUUUGACUCAUCGUUCCGGGGUUCACUCAGUACGCUCGUUGCCUCCGAUGAUGAUCUGUCGAGCCAUAUGGUCGGUAUCUAUCGGCAACCGAACGGUGGUGGCACCUCGCCUCAAUCGGCCACCGGUUGGGAUUAUCUGCUCAACUGGGGCCCCAACUUUGAGAGUCUCAUGGGUGUGUUUAAGGAUAUAGCCGAGCUGCCCGAUACGGUGAACCAUGGGCGUGUACCGAGCUCGCUCCGUAUACCGACCGGUGUCCAGAAGCCACCGGAAGAGUACGUCUAGGUCUAGGCAGAGCAAUAUAAAUUGUAAUAAAUUGUACAAAAAAAAACCACGGAGCACUCUAGAAGGAGCAGCAAAACUCUAGCUAAAUGAAAUGAACAAAAGCGUUGUGUAGAUAUGUGUAGAGAAGCUAGGAGGAAAAGGUAGAGAUGCGCCAGCCCGGUCAUACUGGAUGCCUUGUAUCAAGGACUUCCACAAAAGGUGGCAAAGGUGCAUGGACCCCAAAGGGAAUCCAACCCGAGGUAGGGGGUCUAGAGAAUCGUAUAGAUAGUGUAGAUAUGUAGUGUUUUAAUUUUUAAUGCUUAACUACCAUUACAUACACACACACACACACACACCGAAGUGCGUUGCAUUUAUCCAGCAUCGAGCAGCCAACUAGAUGAAAUCGUUGCGUUACCCUCUCCGCACAAAGCGCUCGACAAUGUGUGCUAAAUGAUGUGCUGCUGCCGCUCUCUAUUCCGCUGAUACAGCAGCACCAGAAUCGAAGGAACCCUUGCCGUCGGUUAGGAGUUUGAAAAACGAAAUUUCGAAACGGAGGACCAGAAACGUGGUCGUUGUAAAUACCUUUUUUUUUAACGUGUAUGUCCGAAACCUGCGCGAUAUGCUUGCCAUAUGCUUUUAAGUAAACACGAUAGAGAAAAAAGAGGAGAGAGAGAGACGAAACAGAACGCAAAGCAGAAGGACGAGGAGGAGUAGAAGUACGCGAAAGACGAGUUAUACGUACCAAGAGCCUAUAUAUGGAAGCCCCCACCACUGGCGGGUUGAGAGGAUGAGAAGAAUUUUAUCUACAAAAACGGCCAUGUCACAGCCAGAGCAUGUGUGUAAUGUUGUAAAACGGAAAACUGUUAUGAGACUGGACUUUUAUUCUUAGCGACUCGUUUUUAACCCCCCGCGCCGGAACGCCGCCCGAGCGUUUCUUAUUUUUAGGCUUAAUAGCGCGCGCGCCCGCCCUUCCCUGCCCAUGUUCGGUUUUUGUUUUAUUAAAAAGUUUUGCGCAUAUUAUUUUCGGCCCCAUGAAAACCCACCCACUUGCCCCGGAACUCCCGGAACCCCCCUUUGAAGCGGUCAUCACUCAGGUAGAGAGAACGGGGGGGAAGGCACCGGAGGGGGGGAGUGUUGGGAGUUUUAAAAUAGAGAGUGACUCGGACUCGCCAUGCGGCAUCGCAUCAAAUGGCAAAGCAAAAAUCAAUCCACAUGACAUCAUUUUUCUCGAAAUAAAAUCUUAAU